AUCAAAAAAAUUAUCCAGGCGAAAAUGGCUGCUCCUCUCAUCUAAACCUCUGCUUAAAGGAUUAAAUGGCCAUGAAAUAAACAGCAGAAAUCGCAGCCCCGCUACAAGACAAUACUCAUGAAUGCCAGGGCGUAGUUUGAGCAGCGUCUUCAUAAACAUGUUGUCGCUGACAGAAAAGGAUAAUGUAUGCGUUCCGAAAUUAACCCUUUCCAUCUAACAUUCACCAAACAAAUGAGAAAAUGAUGCAUCAAGUGACAAGCAGCAGCAGUGACUAUUGUAUGAGUGGGCUGGCAGAGGACUGUCAUCCAGCCAGCCACUUUGAUCUCUGUAGCACACAGUCCAACAAAUUCUACCCAUCUCAGACAACCCCUGGUUUGCAGCUGUCCCUUGCCGGCCUAGCCCCUUUGCCGCAGGGCAUGCACAAAGCCAUGAUAUGUCAAAUGCAAGGCACCCAGAACGACUUCCACCCUCAGACAGUGAGGAUCAGGAGCAGUGAGGCGGCGGGGCUGGAUGGCUCUAAAAAGAAGAAGAGCAUAGUUAAGUCGGGGAGGAGAGGGAGGCCAUCAGGGACCACAAAGUCAGCAGGAUAUCGUACAAGUACUGGACGUCCACUCGGGACCACUAGAGCAGCUGGGUUCAAAACAAGCCCGGGAAGGCCCCUUGGUACCACCAAAGCAGCAGGAUAUAAGGUCAGCCCCGGACGGCCCCCCGGCAGCAUCAAGAAUCUAGCUCGGCUCAAGAGGCUGGACUUUGGUUGUGACGGCACCAAGAAACUUGACUUUAUUAACUGCAGUGUUCCCAAGAAACUGGACUUCACUGGCUGUGAUGUUCCACCUUUUCCAUACAACCUGAUGGAGAAAAGACCCCUCUGUGAGCCCAUUUGCAAAAUGGAUGAAUCCAGUGAAUAGUUCUGCAGCCCUCUCUCCAGUGCUGGAAAAUGUGCAUGAGCAAGAAGAUGCCGAUGGGAUCUCAAAUGUUGGAGGAAAUAACUUUUUGCCAUUUAGAAAUGGUUCUGACUGAGUGUUUGUACAGUGUUUGACAUUGUCUUCAUGGUAUCAUAAUACAUGAAUCAAUUACAAGUAUGUUAUUCCAGUUUGGCAGAGAUGCAUGUGAAUGAAUUAAUCGCACUAAUCAGUAAAGGCAAAACAUGUAUUUAUCAGUCUGGUUAAAACCUUACUGAGAGUUAAUCCUUUUUUUUCAUCAAGCAUUCUUGCCUUGAGUUGUUCUUUCUCUGCUUUAAUGUUUUAUGAACCAGUUCUUUGUGACGUUUUCUACAUUUAUAAAACUGCAUUUUAGUACUUACUGCCUAACAAAUAUGCUUUUUCCUGUGCAUACAUAUGUUCAAGUAUAUAGCUAUCAUUUAUGUGGCGUCUAGUUCCAUCUGUGUAUUAUGUUGUGAUAUUAUCCUGCAUCAUACCUAAAAUAGCAGCACUGCAAUAUAUUUGUAAUUGCUUGAACUGGUAAGACUCACUGCAUAACGUUUUUUUGAACACAGUAUUUGUUAUUAUUGCACUUUGUGAAUAGUUUUAUGUAUUGUAACAUCAUCCCCAAACUGACUUUAUAAGCACUUCCAGAUUUACGUGUAUGUUAUGCUGUUUAUUAGGGGGGGAAAUGACUGAAAAACUGAAAAAAAUGCUUUGUGGUUUGUGUAAUAAAUACUAAUGUGUUGUAUGUGAAACCAAAAUAAAAUACAUUCUUUUCCACGUA